UGCAUUCUUCCCUCCUCUCUUCUCUAUGAAAAAUCGCUCGCUCUCUUUGCUUCUUCCCCACAGCCCUGUCUUCCUCUUCCUCUUCCUCUUCCUCUUCCUGUCUUCCCCCUUCCUAAUGCUUAAGCAAAGUCACAUUUUUUCUUUUCCCAUUCCUACAUAGUGUCAAUGUUGAAGUGCGAAGAAAAGGCUUUGUUAAAUAUCAUGUCUCGCUCUUCUUAGUAAUAGAAAAGCAGCGGCGGCGAUUGGCCGUAGCGAUACGAACAUUGCCGUGAACAUGGAAAUGGAGAUCCAACCGGCAGCGCCAGCCCUGCAGAUCCACCAUCUCCCUCCCACCUCCUGCGACCGCCACCCCGGAGAACAAGUCAUCGGAUUCUGCGCCUCUUGCCUUCGCGAACGUCUCGCCGGCCUCGAAGCAACCGAAGCACCCCGCAAAUCCACUUCGACCGCGAUAAAGUCCAUCUUUUUCCGUUCCUCCGGCACUUCAUCGAACUCAUUUCACCGGCCGGAGCUCCGGCGGUGCAAGUCCUUCUCCUCGUCACGCGCCGCCGCGACCGCUGUCGAGCCCCAACGCAAGUCCUGCGACGUCCGUGUCCGGAACACUCUGUCAUCUCUGUUCCACCAGGACGACCGGGAUCGCGGAUGCCCUAAUCUUGGGUUUCCCCCUUCCAUUACCGUUCCCGAGGAGGAACGGCGAGAAGAUAUCGACGAAAUCGUGGCUGCAACAGACGAAGAGAUGGUGGAGGAAGAAAAGGAGGAACCUUUGGCGGAGAUGAAGCCUAUGAAAGAUCACAUAGAUCUCGAUUCUCAGGCGAAGAAACUCCCGCCCAGAGACCUUAAAGAGAUCGCCGGAAGCUUCUGGCUUGCGGCUUCCGUUUUCAGCAAAAAGCUUGGGAUUUGGAGAAGAAAGCAGAAGCUCAAAAAGAAGCCAGAGAACGGAGUAGACACCUUUGGCCGGCGUUCAUGCGACAUCGACCCAAGGUUUUCCCUUGACGCCGGCCGUUUCUCCUUCGAUGACCCUCGCUUCUCUUGGGACGAGCCUCGUGCUUCAUGGGAUGGUUACCUCAUCGGCGGCGGCCGAGCAAUGAUCCCUAGGUUGCCGCCGAUGCUAUCCGUAGUCGAAGACGUUCCGACCGCGGUCGUUCAGAGAUUUGACGGCGAGAUCCCCGUGGAGGAGGAUUUGGUGGCUCCAGGAGGAACAUUGCAGACGAGGGAUUACUAUGAGGGCCGCCGUCGUAGCCUGGACCACUCUAGCUCGACUAGGAGGCAGUCAUUUGAGACCAAUGAGGUCCUUUCCUCCUACCAUGGGAGCAAACAUGAAAGAGAUUCCAGAGAACUGUGCUCUGAAAGCUUUGACUCUGGCCUGAGAGACCAACAAUCAAAGGUACCGCCUUUGAAGAAGUCGCGGCGGUGGAGCAAGGCAUGGAACAUUUGGGGGCUUAUUCACCGGCGAAACGGUGGCAGGAACAGAGCAAAUGGGGUGGAGAGGUCCUUCUCCGAGACAUGGCCAGAACUGCAGGCAAACGCGUAUUCUAGGAAACUUUUCAGAAGCAAUAGCAAUGUGAGCUUAAGAAGUUCAGCUUCAGGCAAUGGUGGAUUUGGCAGUUCGUUUAGGAAUGGUUUGGAGAGUAAUGGUCAUAGGAUGAAGAAGAAGAAGGAGGUUGUCUUGGAGAGGAAUCGGAGUGCGAGAUUUUCUCCAAGCCAUUUCGACAAUGGAUUGCUGAGGUUUUACUUGCCACCCAUGAAAGACGGACGGAGAGGGAGAGCCUGGGGGAGAAACAAGUAUAACACCCCUCAUUCCUUCACAGGAAGCAUGUUGAGCUUGUAUUGAAGCUGGAUCUAGCUUGUAUCAGGUUCCUGUUUUCUGUCUGGGUUGUUAUGAGAAAUAUUUCUGGUAUUGGUUUUCUUUUGGUAUGGGAUAAAAUGUGCAUUUUGGGCAUGAAGAUCUACUUUUUGGUUCAAAGAAUUUCUUUUCUUUUCGAUUAUUUUGAAUGGAGUUGCUUCUAUGAAAGUGAUUGCUGGUAAAAUACUGAAACUGAUCUUCUCUGGUAUCAAAGAUUUCGCUUAUUAGCUCUCUGCAAUAAUGGAAGGUUGGGAAGUUACAAUAUAGUCUAUUUUGUUCCUUUAGGAUAAACAACUAAAUUCUGGAUGUUUGGUAGAUUUUUGGCUCAUCUGUAAGGCUAAUUUGGUUGUUUGAACUUUGAAAGCUUGUUUAUGAAAAAUAAUGCGGUUUUGCA